AUGUUUUCGUUUUCGCAACAGGAGAUUCCAAAAAUUUCUUCUAUUCAGGAGUGUUUUGUUCAUCUGCAAAAAGUAUAUAGUACUCCUGGGCCUAGCGAUCAAACGAAGCAUGCUGUACGAGAGGCAUUGGAUUCUGUCCAAAAAGAAAUGGACACCAUAUCCUCUCUAUCUGUGAAUCAAAGAAUAAUUUUAGAACAGAUAUCUGCUAUUAAAGAUUUUAAGAAAAAUUAUGAGGAAGACACCUCCCUAAAUAAAAUGAAGCUUCAAAUUGAAGAGACUAAGCUUUCGAAUUUGGAACAAAAAGUUUCUUUGGGACAAGAGCGUGUUCGAAGUCUGCGGCUAGGUAUCAAGCUAUUCAGUGAACGGGAAACGAUUCUGACUGUGAAAAACAGAAGAAUGGACAGCGAAUUAAAAGCGACUAAUUUCAAAUUGAAACAGACUCUGGAACGAUUGCAGGAGAGAAAUAUCAGAAUUUGUGAGAAAUAUGAAACAGCUCCCCAAGUUGUCAAAAUGCAUGAGGAGGAGAAAAUGAUCCAAGAGCUUAAUGCGAAAUUAGAGAGUCUUGUUAUCAGCGAGAAAGGCUUUGAUGAACGAUUACAAUACCUGGAACAAGAAUUAUCCGACAACAAAAAAGUUUCCUUCACUGAUUUUGUCAAGAGUACAUCAAAGGCUCUUCUGAAAAUCAGAGAUAUACAGAAGAAAUGCAAAGAUGUCUCUAAGGUUUACGAAAAAUGCGUUCAAGAAAAAAAUGAGAAGAAAGAAGCUCUAAGAUCUAGUGGACGCUUUGAUUCUUUCGAUGUUUCAAUGUUGUCUAUUGAUCAGACAAUGGUGGAGGAAAUUAACACAGCUCCUGCAGCGCCUUGUCUACCUAUCCGACAAGAUUCUGAAAUAACAGCUUCAAAGAAACAAAUGAUGUCGCGUUUCAUUAACUCUCAAGACGGAGUGUAUGAGAAAACCAAUGACCAAGCUGAUAUAUCUCAAGAGAGCGAAGUAAUACGUAUUGAAGCAACAAGCUCAAAUGGUGACCUAACAUCUGAGGGUUCAAGAAAUUUGGAAACCGGUAGUGACUUGAGCCAAGAUCAGCUCGAGGAUGGCGAAUCUCCCAAUCGAACAAUGGAUUGUGAUAAAGAGAAAAAUGCAGAACAACAAAUUGAACAGCAAGACGUCAACGAAGAUGGAAAGGAUAGCAAUGUCUCAGCACAAUUCUCAGAUCAAGAAGAAGAUGAUGACGUGGAAAUUCCUCUUGACGACGACGAGGAAAUGGCUGGUGAUCAUCAUGAGAACAUACUCGACAUCUCAGCUAUAGAAGGAGAUCAUAAUGACGAAAAAGAAGAUGAUGAUGCAGUUGUCGAUGAACUGUUGAACGAUGGCUUGCUGGAUAUGGAUCCAUCACAUAACUUGACUCAAGGAAGUGGCACCGGAGAUGACAUAAACCUUGUAUUGAACAUGAGUAUGAAUAGCGAAGAUCCUGCUGCUGAUUUCCUUGAUUUCGCCAAACAGUCUGAAGGGGAUAACUUAAACGCCUCUGAGCAGUUCAAUCUCUUCGGCAGUACUGACAAUAAUGAUAAUGCGCCAACAGGUGACAAUGAGUUCUUCAAUUUCGGCGACAUGAAUAACGAUCAAGACUUCUCGUUCCAAUUCGGAGAUACUACCAAUGAUAAUAACGGCGGAGGCGAUUUCUUCAAUCUGUUUAAAUAA